AUGACAUCGAACCGGACUUGACAUUGAGGAGGCAGCGAAUACUGGAUCGUCUGUCCCCAGAUGUGGAGAACCUCCUGAAAAAUACUCACAGGGGUGGGGCAAUGUUGGAAGACGUCAAACACUCGAUCGACUCACUGUACGACCUCGCUCCAUAUAUCGACGAUCUUUAUUCAGGUACCACUAGUUCCAGCUCGGAAUCUUCUGUGGCUGGCGAAGUAUCUCUCAUACCGGAAGCUCGGCGCUGGGAAGAUUACAUCGAAGAAAAUUAUCUCCUUGACGACGAUUUGGCACGCAUACUCGCGAAUCUCAAUUGGCAGCGGCAUGAAAGAGUUCGGAAAUGGGCGGAGAAAGUCUCGCCAGGCAGGCCAGACAGGGUCAAUAGGUCCAUGGUAGCCCCAUCGUCCGAGUUGAUGCCCUCGUCCGAGUUGGAGCCCUCGUCCGAGUUGGAGCCCUCGUCCGAGUUGGAGCCCUCGCCCGAGUUGGAGCGGUUGUCUGGGCGGGAACGGUUAGAGUUGUACCCCGGGCCAGAGUGGUACCCCGGGCCAGAGUGGUACCCCGGGCCAGAGUGGUACCCCGGGCCAGAGUGGUUGUCCGAGCGGACGUCUAUGCUGGAAAUAGCCAUGAAAUCAUCUACUACACUCUCCCCUAUCGCCAUCUCAAGUGUUCCAACCUAUAGUCGUAUUCGCAGCAUCUCCAAUGAAAAACACCUCAAGAGCUUCCCAAAUCCACGACGAGACUCAGCUACCUACGAUUGGCCUCCCAUGUUAGCAGAGUUCGGAAAGCCUUUUAAUUGCUGCAUAUGUCAGAAGCGUAACGUAGUGAAUUCUAGAAAGCAGUGGGAAGAGCACGUACAACGCGAUCUAAUGCCUUACAGCUGCAUUCAUCUGGAAUGUCCGUACCGCCAUGAUCUGAUUUUUACCACCUUGGACGAAUGGGAAAGACAUGAUAAGCUUUACGGGCACCAGUGGUACUCUGAAUGGAGAUGUGUGGAUUGUUAUAAGGUCUUUCCGCGCAAAGAACUCUUCAAAACACACGUGCUUGAAAGCCAUCUAGGGGAUACUCCAGAAAUGAAAGCCGAGGGCGUGGGAGAUAUUGUUAACGCCUGUGGGAGGCGAGGAGUUCUGUGGGAGUGCCUGUUUUGUGGGACUGGGGUUGGAGGAUCUAUCCGGGACUGCCGAUCACACGUUGGCAUGCAUAUGCUCAACUUGGCACUAAAGGUGCUUCCUCAAAGGGCGCCGGAAGGAGAACCCCGAGUGUCGAAUAUUGAGUCUUUUGACGAACAGAUUACGCCGUUUGGUGGAUAUCCCGGAGGCGGCGGCCCCGAACUCCACGCAUGGCGAGAGCUUGACAGUCAUCUUUCACUUGACAGUUAUAUUUCAAAAACCAUGGAGCGUCUCUCUAAACGCGAUGAUGACUCUCGGGCCACUUCUCGCUCGAAAAUGCCGAACCCUCUCUACCAUUCCCCGCAAGCUUCAUCGCCACCGUUGAUGGGCUUUCCAUACCCAGGCGAGUUGUUUAUGGAUGCCUCUCACCUGUAUAAUUCCAUGAAACCUGGUAAGCAUCAAAAAAGCGCGGAUAAGCAGGCACCGGACGACCGAAGUUCGGGGGUGCCGUGGGCGACGGAUAGGAAGGGAGACGGUCGGGAGGAGAAAGAUAAGGAGAAGAGAGUGGAUGGAGUGGGAGCCGAUAAAGAGGGAACGGAUUGGCGGGACGGAUUAGUUGGCAUUCCAUGAAGGAAAAGGACUGCAAUCAAAUGUCUUGACGUGUUGAAACAUGUGGAAGACUCAAAACCAUGAGGGGGUGUGCCAACAGGCAAUCAGGCAGGAUUAUGGCUGUAAAUCUGAGGUUACUCGCCAGGUGGUGUGUACAGUUGUAAUCGAGUUCUACCUUCACCGGUAUCGGCAUAUUUUUAAUGUAAAGGCCGGACAUUGGAC